AUGCCCACAUUACAUUCAGUCUACUGUACACUUAUCCAUGCCCGCAUUACAUUCAGUCUACUGUACACUUAUCCAUGCCCUCACUACACUCACUGUCUACUGUACACUUAUCCAUGUCCGCAUUACACUCACAGUUUACUGUACACUUAUCCAUGCCCGCACUACACUCACAGUCUACUAUACACUUAUCCAUGCCCGCACUACACUCACAGUCUACUGUACACUUAUCCAUGCCUGCAUUACACUCACUGUCUACUGUACACUUAUCCAUGUCCGCAUUACACUCACUGUCUACUGUACACUUAUCCAUACCCACAUUACACUCACUGUCUACUGUACACUUAUCCAUGUCCGCAUUACACUCACAGUCUACUUCUACUGUACACUUAUCCAUGCCUGUACUACACUCACAGUCUACUGUACACUUAUCCAUGCCCGCACUACACUCACUGUCUACUGUACAAUUAUCCAUGCCCACACUACACUCACAGUCUACUGUACACUUAUUCAUGCCCGCAUUACAUUCACUGUCUACUGUACACUUAUCCAUACCUGCACUACACUCACAGUCUACUGUACACUUAUCCAUGUCCGCACUACACUCACAGUCUACUAUGGUCUCCACAUGCACUUUCAAGAUUCUGGCGAGCCACAAGCACUGCAAAUCUUGCUAUUGCUACAGAUGACUUACAGAACAUCAGUAAAAGAGAUCUGCCAACAGUUCGUUAG